UCUAAGUAUCCAAACCAAGACAUACAUAUCCUUAUUUAAGGUAUCUCAACUCCUUCAAUUAUUACAAGUAGAAAACAAAGAAAGGUAAAUACAAAAUGGCUUUGGCACGUUUGGCUCUUAAAAAGUUAAAGGAAAAUGUAUCCUUAUCCAGAGGUACCUUGCAGAAGCAAUACAAUAGGUUUAAUAAUGAGUUGGUUGCAAGGUUUUCAACUGGUGUUGGUGAUAAGGUAAAAUCUGAAGGAAGUGAAGUAGCUAUCUCGGAAGAUAAGAAGAAGUCAAAGUUGUUACCGGCAAAAAGGAGAGGUAGAAGAUGGCUUUCUAGAAACCUCGAUCGUGACUUUCUUCCUACUCCUUUUGAGUUGUUUCCACCAAGUCUCGGAAAUGCACUAAUGCAAGCAACUGAGAACAUGAAUUUGACACCAUGGUCAUUAACCGGACGAGUCAAAGAAAGUGACAACCAUUAUAAACUAAAGUAUGACAUGCCAGGAAUCCCCAAAGAGAAUGUGAACAUAACAGUUGGCGAUGGAGUUUUGACAAUUAAAGGAGAACACAAAGAAGAUGAUGAUAGUAAUGAGUAUUGGUCAUCAUCUUAUGGUUAUUAUAAUACUAGUAUGGUUUUGCCUGAUGAUGCUAAGGUUGAUGAAAUUAAGGCUGAGUUGAAAGAUGGUGUUUUGGUUGUUACCAUUCCUAGGUGUGAGAAGGUUAAGGAAGAUGUUAAGCAUGUGAAUGUAGACUGAUCUGAUGAUGGUGAAGGGGAUUGUGUAGAGUGUGGUGAAGUUGUAAUGAAUUUGUGAUGUUUGUGACUUGCAUUGUGUGUAGUUUUUUGAAUCAUAAUCAUAAGUGGCCAUACAUUUCAUAUCAUAUGUUAGUUUAUGUUUUGAAAUACAUUGCCUCCUCAGUUGGGACUGUAAUAUAAAAGAAGGAUUUCUCAAGAA